AUGAACUUUCACACGGAAGGUUGCGGCAGUCGCUCUCCGCCGGCUGUUAUUCAAUUGGGAACGAAACGAUUGGAAAAUAACUACCGCUCGGACCCGGAGCCGGCCAUCUCGCCCCCGACGACACAAUCAUAUAACAUACAGUGGGUAUGUUUCACGUUCUCUGUGUUCUGGAUCGUGUACUCUAUAAACAGCGUCAGACACAUCUCGUUACUGCGAGUGAGUGCGGUGCCGGAGCGCCGCCGUGGACAGGAAUGCGUGCGGCCGGUUCGCUCUGUCCUAUUACAUCUUUACUGGUCGGCCAAUAAAAAUUCUGAGGGCGUCAUGUCGUCUCCCGGGGUCCACCUCUCCGUGCUGCUGGUGUCCAUCAACCUGGCAUUAAGUACCGCAGGUCCUCUACCAAAUGUGACGAUGGUUGAUAUUGGACUAAAACAAGGGAGCUGCGCCGUCGGGGACGUGGUGUACAUGUCGGGCGACUCGUUCCCCGGGUCCAGCGCCUGUGAGCGCUGCGCCUGUACUGCUGGGGAGGUGGCUUGUGAGAAGCAGCGCUGUGAACCUCGACCUGGCUGUAAAGCUGUCCAUCGCCCCGACCACUGUUGUCCGACCUAUCAGUGUGAAUGCGAACAAGAAGGCCGCAUCUACGGGAACGGAGAGAAGCUGGUGGACCCUCACGACCCGUGCCGCGUGUGUUACUGUCAGGGUGGGGAGGUGGUGUGUCGAAGGAUAGCCUGCUUCCUCCGGGACGACUGUCGCCCGCGGCUCGUGCCUGGCCGCUGCUGCCCCGAGUAUGACAACUGUCCGCUCAGAGGUGUAACAUCUUUACCUGGUAUGGCUUCAACGUCAAGUGUGUCAUCUGUGGAGGAUGCUGAGAGUAGCGUGGCACCAGCUGAACCCGUGGAACCUCCAAAGCCUGUCAUCACUAUAAAGGAAAUCACACCCGUCUCUGAAAUUCCUGUAACAGAUGUAAAAAUUAAAGAAAUUUUACCUUCUCCUGGCAUCGAAGAAGUAGAAGUAUAUACAUCUCCGAAAUCUCAACUGAUAGCUCGGGAGGCGACCUCUGAGAAAAAUAUUAAUGACACAGAAUCAGGUGCAAAACAAGAGUCAGCCGAUACAAAAGAGGUCAUGUCUUCUGCUUCACUAUCGUCUAAGAUUCCUGCUAACUAUAAUCCAGUGAAUUCCGAAAAUCCAAAUGACGGGACUCCUACAAAGAUCAGUGUGUCAACCGUCGACACUAAUAAUGAAGAUUUUUCAUUGUCUAAAAUAUCAAAUGUAAUGGCGAUGAUGGGAUCUCCUUCCGAGCCAGACUCUCACGUAUCAUCUUUAACUACUAAAGCACCUGUAAUGGAAGAAGAAGAUUUAUCUUUUCUCGAUCACAAUCCCGCCUUCCCGCCUAUACCUGAUGAUUUAUCAGUAUUAACUAAUCACGAUGACGAAAUAUUACCAGAACAAAACUUGGAUAUUGAGCACUUAGCAAUGGAUCAUGAGGUGAAUAAUGUUGCAUCUCCCGUUGUAACUGAGGCACCGAUCUUCAAAGAAGCUACCACACUAACUCUCGUCUCUAGUGCAGCUGUAGUGACGAAGGAGAAUUCGCUGGAAAGUAUUGAAACCAGCACACAUAGAUUAAUCGAUAAUACACCAUCACCAAUCAUAAAAGAUAAUCCUAUGUUAAAUAUGCGAUCUGUAAUCCCGACAGAAAUUUUAAACGCCCCUUCUUUAAUAUCGGACGAGGGAACUGGAGAAUUGUUAGAUGUUACAGAAAAUCCUGCAGUGUUAUCUUCUACUAGCGAAAAUUUUAAUUCAACAGAAUAUUUUCUCAGUACCUCUGAAGAAAAUAAAGAACCUGCUACAUACACAAAUAUGUCAUAUGCGGAAGAAAAUGUUACAUCCUCAAACCCCGAAGAAUAUGAGGAUAGUCUAAGUAGCAGUGAAGCCGUUACUCCUAAAGUAGACCAAGGAUUUACAGAAUCUUUAAUGACAAGUAAUGGAAAGUUUUCGGACGAGACGACGAAUUCUUUAUACAAAUCCACUGACAUUAUUUCUCAAACCGAGUUUAGUUCUAUUCCUAUAGAAACCAGUGACCAGAACCCGCAUGAAACUAUAGAAAAGGAAGGAAACGAUACGAUGGACUCUACUGUGAACUCUUUAGAAUUAACGUCUUUGCAAUCAAUUCUUAAUGAGUCUGAGAUUGAUACCGUAUCGAGAAAUAUACCAAUAGAAUUAAAAGACCAAUCUUUUGAAAAUUCAGAAACUACAGAAUUCAUACUCACGUCUUUUGGAUCCCAGGAAACUACUACGGAUCCCGUUGAGUUAAUAAAUCCGGUUUCUGAUGGUGACAGAAACUCAGCUUUGAUCGAUCCAUCAGGUGGACGGAAAAGAAAUGUUCUCACGGAUCUGAUUAAUUUAGUUGGUGACGUAGCUUCGAUAAGUGAUCACACAGAGGAACCUGACCUCGAGCGACAGACAUUGAAACCUACAACCAUCUCAGAUUCCGAGGAAUUGAUUCCAGUCAAUGUAGCGUCAAGCUACAAGAGCAAAAAUAAAAAUUGGAAUCAGAACUCCAUAACUGAGGUGCCGUUCAAAACUAAAGUUUCCAAACACAAAGUUGUUGAAAUAGAGGGUGAGGACGCCGACACCAUAACGGACUCUCCUCCGCCAUAUGAUAAAGUGGAACCAACGACUCGCCGGACCCUCAUCGAUAACGUGUCAGAUGACAAAGUUGAAAACAAAACCGAAAUAACGGGUAAAAAAGAUAUAGAGAUUAUAACUCAGUCAUACGUACCGACCAUACAGAGGAGACCCACCAAGGUCGUCUUGAAGAACGACGAAUUCUCCGCCGAGGACGACGGAACCACGGCCGAACCUGCCUUGGUUAAAGAUAUAGACGAGAACAAUACUUCAACAGAGGCUGAGACCUCUACAGAGGUCCACUUCAUGGGGUCCGAGUCCUCGGAAGGAUCCACAGCCGAGCCGAGCGUCGCGCAGUAA